AUGUCUUCUCCACAGAUGAAAACACUGGUUUUUGGAGCUUGGUUGGUGCUUUAUGUGUCAGUUCUGAUAGCAGCCAGGAGGAUGUGGACUGGGAAGUAUUUCAGAAGAUCUCUGGUUCGGAAUCUUUACACCAACAUGAUCAGCAGUGUGGAGUUCACUGGAGAAGAACUUCAGCAGUUGUACCAGUGCCGCCCCGACCUGCUGGGUGAGGACGUCCGUGCGCUGUUCGUGCAGAGUCAGCUGGACGCCGAUACUCGAGCUUUUCUCCAGAGGAGUGCGGAGAAAUCCGGCUGGCUGUUCACCCAGCUCUACCACUCGCUCUUCUCCACCAUCUUCAGCCCCAUCGUCUCAAGGACGUCCAUCAAUGGGUUUCUAGGCCGAGGUUCCAUGUUCGUUUUCUCAGAGGAGCAGUUUCACCUCCUCCUUCAGAUCCAUCCUCACUGGAGAGCCGAGAGGUUGCUGGACCUCGGCGCUGGAGACGGAGCCGUCACAGAUAUCAUGGGCCCUCAUUUCAGAGAGAUUUACGCCACGGAAGUUUCUCCUCCGAUGAGGUGGCAGCUGCAGAGGAAGAAAUAUAGGUUGUUAGAAAUCGAUGAGUGGCAGAACACUGGGUUCCAGUUUGACGUCAUCAGCUGUUUGAAUCUCCUGGACCGGUGUGAUGAACCCCUCCAAAUGCUCAGAGACAUCAAGAAGGCUCUGGUACCGGGCACGGGGCGGCUAAUCCUCGCCGUGGUCCUGCCCUUCCAGCCGUACGUAGAGGCAGGAGGAAGGUGGGUGCGGCCGACCGAGUGGAUUCAGCUGACGGGCGGGACCUGGGAGGAGCAGGUUACGAACCUGUCCGAGGUCAUUUUCAGGGAGGUGGGGCUGGAGAUGGAAGCCGUGACGCGCCUGCCGUACCUGUGCGAGGGAGACAUGAGUCAGGAUUACUACGUGUUAGACGAUGCCGUGUUCGUACUGAAGCCUCAGACGUGAGGUCGCGCACCACUCCUCGCCGUCACAGGAGACUUGAAUCCAUUCAGUUAAACGAUUAAAAUCCUGCCGUGAGAGAGUGAAGGAUUAAAAAGCUGUAUUUUUAUUUUGGUUAGGGAAGAUUAAAGGUGCUGUUAUGUGUUUAGACUUGAUUAUAUGCAGGUACUGUUUUAUUUCUUAUUUUAAAUGAAGGAACUGAAGUUUCCAGACAGUAAAUAUUAAAUAAAAUGUUUAAUUAGUACCUUUUUUUUUAACGUAAACUGCCGUGUUACCUGCUGUGCCUGGCUCACCUGUGGACAGGUCACUGACCCUCAGGUAUCUGGGACAAAUUUUAGUACUUUCUGGCAGUGAAAUGACUCUGUAGGUACCUGGAAGGCCAACGAUUACCAGUGAAGUGCUGGACUGGUGCUGCGUUUAAAACAGACCAUCAGAAUCAUCAUUUCAGCUAGAACAACAGCCGCUUUUCAGAGAAGCUUCUUACAAGUCUGUGGGAAUUUGUGCCCAUAAAGUCAGCUUAUUGAUCAGUUGACGUUCCGGUUCAUCCCAGAGCUGUUGAGUCUCUGCUGUUGGGCUCUGUGCAGGACACUCAUGCUGGAACACUAAAGGACCUUCCCUAAAGUGUUGCUGCAAAGUUGGAUGCAUAUUAUUUCCUUUAUAUUAGUUAAUUACCACACCUCUAAGCAACUACUGUGGCUGAACAGAUAAAUGUAAUAAAUAGAAGGGGUUUCCCAAUACUUUUGCCCAUAUAGUGCAUCUGUGUUGACAGCAAUAACACUUCACCAUUAAACACGUGUUUUAAGGUUUUUUCUCCCAUUCAGCACAAAAUA